UGGCGGCAAAUGGUAGACGGAGCUCCCGGUUGAAGAGUGGACGGGGUUCGUCAGGGGACAGCGCGGAUAGCGUAAUACCGGCGCUAGAGCAGAGCGGGGACAGGCCCUGUUCGGGUGGGUUGGGUGUGUCUGUCCUGCCUGAUACUAACAUAGAGGCCCGGGUGGAGCUGUCUGAAAAGCCUAAUGUUGCAGGGACCUCUCUGCAGACCGGGACUAGUGGCCCGGGGGAGGCAGAAUUCGCUUCUAAGACUGGAGAAAAAGGGCAGACGGGUGCUGGGCCCGAGGGCCACACUGGAGCUGAUGGUCCUGUAGAGCCUGUGUCCUCUGUCAUGGCUGGAGCCAAGGAACCGGAGGAAGCCGGUGGAUCUGCCCGGGACCACAGAGUUCGCUGCUGCUCCAAGCAGCUGGUGCAGGAGGUGCUGGAGAUGUGUACCGAGUUCAGCAAAGAGAUCCUGGAGAGCCAGCAACAGCUGAGCCAGGAGAGGCGAGAACAGGAGCUAAAGAAAUGUGUCUGGGAUUUCCAAACCGCAUUUCAGGAGAACGUCAGUAUUAAUGGACUGUCGUGGGAUGAGGCAUCAGAAACACAAAAUGAACCAGAUAUUAAAAUUCUGGAAGAUAAGCUGGAUGAAGGAAUAGUGGAUACCACAAUGAAGCGAAAAAGAAACCCCAGAAGGAUUCUUACGCAUGUCGUCAAAAUGCUGAAAACAGAGAGGGAAAUGCUGGAGCAAUACAAGCCUGUUGUAACCCCAGAAGAAUUUAAGCUUGAUGCAGGUCUUGCAUCUCGAAUGGCUGACCUGACUUCCACUACCUCAAGUAUAUCAAAACAGAUCAGUGAAACAAUGAAGGCACUACCAGCUCAAAUUGAGAAGGCUGACGGCUUUUCCCAAGUGCUGAGCCUCCAGCCCAUUCUGGAGAGCUCCCGGACACGCAAAGAAAUCUUUAGCUGCCAAGUGACUCUGGAAGAUCUGGCAAAGAAAACGCCAAAGCCCACAGAAACUACCCCCACUGAAAAUCCAUCCAAGGCUGCAACCGUACUAAAAAGAAAAAGACCGGAAUCCCUUUCGCCACAGCACAGACUGUACCCCCUGCGCUCCAAAAGGAAAAUUAGUCUCAAACCUUGACUGCCAUAUUUUUGAGUCAGGACCAUUAUACUUG